GGGAGGAAGAUUUGAGAAGAAAUAUUGCUGUUAAAUGAGUUUGGACAGCAUGACAUCACGGGGUAAUUAAAACGCAGCUUUCUGGAAUUCCGUUUCCAAUUCCUGCGCUCAGGUUUGCUGCUGGAGGAUUUUAUUUUUUUUCAAACACCUGCAGGUUGGUGUGUGAGUGAAAUAUUUUCACUGGACGGAGUUCAAACUUUGAAGGGAAAGAGAGAGAGAGAGAGAGAGAGAGAGAGAGAGAGAGAGAGAGAGAGAGAGAGACGGAGGCAGCGGCAUUACGCCAUUCUUGCCUCUCUUGGAAAAAAGUGGGAUUUAAAGAAGUUUCUUACAAGAUAUCCAGCAGAAUCGUGCCGUGGAGGGUUUAACGCAAGUCCACUGUUUCUCAGCCUUUUCUUGGAUUUCUGCACUUCUAUCACAGACAGGAUCUCUGCGGCACUAUGGUUCUUACAGAUGACGGAUGGGAGGAUAAGGCUUUGCAGGAUUUGUUUCUUCAACUUAUAAAACUCAGUUAUAGUCCACAUCUUUGCUUUUACAACCUCGCAUAUGUCUAUAGUCUAUUUCAGACGGGAGAGGCACUUUUUAUUCAUUUCUCCUCUGGCAGAGCGCAGAGUAAACUCAGAGGAUGAAAGACUCGGACCGAACAGGACUGCUGCCUCUUCUUUUUUUAAACAAACAGGUCAAUUCAUUCUGAACAGACUGCGGUUUAUUACAAUGACGGCCUGGCAAAAGGCAAAAGGGCUUUAGGAUGAAAGUUGUGAAGCGUCUUUCUCUUCUGCUGAGCUUCUGGACUCUCAUUUACCUGCAUCCCGUCCUGGGUUCACUCAGCCGGACCAGACCAACCGAGCCCCACCACCACCGGCUUGGAGAGGCAGCGGAGCGCACGGCAGGCGGCGGCGAAGGAGAGCAAACCCACGGGAGAACCGGCGGAGGAAUCGGUGGGUCCACACCAGCCGCGGGCAGGCAACCGGCGACCGCUUCUGGGACGUGGAAACCCUCACCGGUGAGUCCGGCGAGGAUUACUCGGAUCCGCGCAGGUCCGCCGUUAAUCAAGGGUGAAACGACUGUUGUUAAAAGCAAACUUACCGCAGCAACAUCUGCGUCCUCAUCCCUGGCACUGCGCAGCGGGGCCGUGCCGGUAAACCGUGCACAGCUGCAGCAGCAGCAACGGGACAGAGCAGUCAGCCUAGGGCGCAAAGAGGCUGCGCGCUCCUGGCUGCCCGGCGGGGAUGUUCACAUUAACGCGCACGCUCCCGCGGCUUUUAGCGCACAUGCAGCGGGGAAAGGAGUCGGGACUGCGGCUGCUGGUGGAAGGGGCGGCUCACCGGGGAAACAUUUUGAGAAAGUUGCUUCCAGAGCGAGUGCAGCUGCUCCGGUGCGCACCGGGCCUCCCCACAGGGCCAUCGGUGCGCAAAAGCAGCAGCAGCAGCAGCAGCAGCAGCAGCAGCAGCACGCGGGUCCGGUGGCGCAGCGGGGAGCCAGCAACAAGGCCCCGAAACUGAGCGACCGGGAAGCGCAUCACAAACAGCCGCUGGUUACUCCUCACGACUACAUGCUGUCGCUGUACUGGUCUCUCUCCACCGGGGACCUCAACAGCAGCGCUCUGCAUGAAGCCGGUCUGGCCAACACCAUCACCAGCUUCGUGGAUAAAGGACAAGAUGAGCGUGGGCCCCAGCUGAGACGGCAGAGGUAUCACUUCAACGUCAGCUCUUUGGAACGAGACGGGCUCCUGGGGGCCGAACUACGCAUCCUGAGGAAGCGUCUGUCUGACCCUCGCAGAGCCUCAAUGGGAUCCACAGCCACUGACGGAGGGGGUGGAGGAGGCUUGUCCCCAUGCCUGAAGCUAUACACCUGCUCUUCAGGUAAACAACAGGCUGUUCUGCUCCAGACGAAAACCGUGGAGGAUCUGCUCAGCGGAGGCGAAUUCAGCAGCAAAUGGGAAGUGUUUGACAUUUGGAAGGUCUUCAAAGGCUUUAAAAACCAGCAGAACCAGCAUUCCCAGCAGCUGUGCUUUGAACUUGAGGCCCUGGAGCACAGAGGCGGUCGCCCCAUGGACCUGCGCACUCUGGGGUUCGCCCGACCCGGCAGGACCAACAAGGAAAAGGCCUUCUUCCUGGCGUUUGGCAAAAGCAAGAAGCGUGACCUUUUCUACAACGAGAUCAAAGCGCGGUCAGGCCAUGACAACAAAACCGUCUACGAAUACCUGUUCACGCAGCGACGAAUGCGCCGGGCUCCUGCUGCAAGGGGCGCUAAAAAACCACUGCAGCAGCCGCCACAGUCCCUCCCCCAACAUCAGGUGGUGAAGACGCAGACGAGGCCGCGGUGUCACCGGAGACGACUCCAUGUGAACUUCAAGGAGAUGGGCUGGGACGACUGGAUCAUCGCGCCGCUGGAUUACGAGGCCUUUCACUGCGACGGCGUCUGCGACUUCCCCAUCCGCUCGCACCUCGAGCCGACCAACCACGCCAUCAUACAGACCCUGAUGAACUCCAUGGACCCAGAGUCGACGCCGCCCACCUGCUGCGUCCCGACACGACUCAGCCCAAUCAGCAUACUCUACAUCGACUCUGCCAACAACGUCGUCUACAAGCAGUAUGAGGACAUGGUGGUGGAGUCGUGUGGUUGCAGGUAGCAAAGAAAGUUGAGAGAAAGAGAAAGAAAGACGGUGUCUGCCUUUCACUUUGAGAAAAGAUGGAUUUGUUUGUUAAUAUUAUAAUCAAACCUAAAAUGGGAAGAUCAACACUGAGAACAGUUCUCAUUUGAGUUGACUGCGACCGAACUCACUGCUAUGCAACAGCCAUUACUCUUCACACUCAAGUGGACUAUCAGACUGCAUACCAAAGACUGUUACACACUGUUAAAGACUAAACAGAGAAAGAUAAACUCAUGGAGGUGAUGCUCUUUAACGCCCACUCACUAAAACUUGUGUGUAAUGUUGAUGUUGGUGGCGAUGAGCAAGAUGCAUCUGAGAGAAGCCAAAAACAACCAGAUAACAGAGACACUUUUUUGGUUAAAGGUUCUGAUUAAAAAAAAAGAGACUGCUCUCGAGUUAGACUCAAACCGAUUUUUACUGCUUUUGUUUUCUCUCUUCAGAUUUGUGUCUAUGUCCUGAUUGGUGUAAAAAGUUUGUGUGUAACAGAAUAUUGAAACAUUAGUGAAUUAUACUCAGAAAUGCCCUUUUUUCCAGCACUUCUCUGCCAUUGUGCCUUUGCCCAUUCAGAUGUACGACGAAGAGUCAUUUGUGUGCCUUGUACAGGACGUUUUUAUGAAGCAUGUAAAGAAUUCCUGAUGUAUAAAUACAGGCCAGUGAUGAAGUGCUAAUCUGACCUGCUCCAAAUGUGGGAAAGUUGCAUGAACUACUCUUCAAUAAAAAAUGUCUAAUUGACUGA